CACGCAGGGAAAGGGUUGGACAUGAACAGACCGAAAAUAGACAUAACUGGAUUCAUCACCUAUAUCACUCUUGAACUGGAUUCUGAUCUUUGUUGUUCACUACUACCCUGCUGACCAAUUUUCAUUUCAGUGUGCUCAAACUUGUCGACAGUUUCAGUCCAGCGUCCUCCGCACCAAUUUGUUUUGAUAAGUAGUAUUUGAUAUCGUGCUUGUAUUUCACGAUGAUUUACCAACGCUCCUUUGUCAUCAUUUGUGCAAUGACUAUUAUUCUUCCACAUCUUAUCUGUGGCCAGAAUAAUAAUAAUUACCAAAUGUCUUACAGCAUUGUUAACGGGAAACUAUACGUAGACCCUCCGACGACAACCACAACUGCUCCAAGUUUUAUGGAAAAUUGGUUCCCUUGGCUUUCGUCCUCAUACACGUCAUCCAACCCGGAAGAAGUUGACGAGGCAAUCAUUAACAGUGUCACUGGUCCACCCCAACCAUCCAUCAGUCUUAGUCAGAAUUCCCCAUCCAGCUAUUCCCAGUAUCAGUACAACCAACAACAGCCACAAGCAAGCUACGCUGACAGUCCGUACUUGUCCAACGACGAGGACAAUUACCUCCCUGCAGAUUCUGUAAACACACCUCAGCAGGUCGCACCACCACCCAACGGAGUCCGGUACUCUCACCAAAGUGGUUAUCCUAACCCGAAUUACAUUUCAAAUCCGUACAAAAAUUCUGCUAUGCCCCAACUGCCCUAUCCCUUUUCCCCUUUGCCAGGACAAACCACUACUUCGGCUCCCUUUUACCAACCAAUUCUAGACUUUUUUGGAUACGGUAGCAGUAACGAGGAAGACCAACUUCAACUUCCAUUCCCAGGGGGACAAUACUCAAGUAGUGGUAGUGGAGGAUACUCCUCUUUGCCUUCGUCCUUCCCCCAAAAUUCCUUCAAUUUUAUACCUCCCCAGUUUGCACAAGCGAGAAAGUCGGAUGAGGAGCAUCCUCAGUAUGUAGAUACUUACGGUGAUGGGGAGGCAAAGUAUUCCUCAUAUAACGGACCUAAAUCUGCAAAGUCUGAUGAUGUCACAAAUCAUAAAAAAAAUACUACGGAGAAAGAGAAUCCAUGUCCUAAAUUGGGAAAUUGGCAGUGGAAUGGUGAUGUUUGCAUCGCAGUAGGACCAGUCCCAAUCUGGGCUUGUAAACCCAAUGAUUUGGUCAUGUCUGGCAGGAUAGGAGUUUGUCGCAACAAAAUUUUUUUUCAUCCUGGAACCAACCCUUUAGGGAACAAGUAGAAUCCGCAUUAGGUAAUAUAGCAGCAAAUGCUCAAGUAGCUUCUUUCUCAUCAAAUUAUUCAGCAACUUCUAGAAGCCUCCCUUCACAACAAACUUUGGGAAGUAUUAGCACCAUUGUAACUGUCUUUAGUAAAUUCGAAGCUUUGCUAACUAAACUUAAUUCCAUUUUGGCACCUUUUGACAAACUUAUUACCAUCUUAAUUAAGAUAAAUUCAGUAAUAACAAAAAUUAAUCAUAUUUUAGCAUUUGCUGAAGUGAUGAAUACCUUGUACAUUUCAGCUAGCAAUGCAUUUACCGUGCUACAAAACGUAGUCUCGAACGUUGAACGAAAUAGAAAUUCAACCAGUACCGGGAUUUCUGGUAAUAGUGUUAAUGGCGGUAGUAGUAGUGUCACAAAGGUCGUUACGACCACUGCAAAAAAUUCUAGUAGCAGUUACAGUAAUCAUAAAAUUAAUAAGUAUGACAAUAUCAUCAAGCUGACGGAUGAGGAAAUUGAAGCCAUGUUAGAACUGUAUGC